AUGGUUCAUGAGGAGGACACACUCAGAGGUAUGGAGCACGCCCUAGAGGAAGUUCACCAGGAACUCGAUCGCUUCCGCACUGAGCAGCAAGUGCAGCUGGCAGACACCAUGGGCGCGAAGGUGCGCGCACAGAUGGAGUUUGCUGGUGCAGAGGCUCGGGAGAAGGCUCUUCAAGUGGAGGCAGCACAAGAGUACCGCCAGCGGGAGGGACUGCGCAGCUUGCUGCUGGCAGAAGAGAGCCGCUGCGAUGCGCAAGAGAGACGUGUGCGGCGCCUGGUGGACGAGCUUGGUGAUCGAGAAGUGCAAAUGAGAAAUGUGCAAGAGUUGCAGGAGGAGCUCCAUGUGUUGCAAAGCAAACUGCAACUCUCGGAAGUGCAAGCAAGGGGGCACUUGCAUGCGGAGAAUCAGGUGCAGACGCUUCAAAAGAAGUUGCUGGACGCUCGUGUGCAAUGCCAGGCAUCUGAAGAGGAACUGUUGAAGUGCCAUCAGCGGUUUGAGGAGGAAGAGCAGGCGCUUCGGCAGCUGGAAGCGGCCAAGAAAUGGCACAUGGAGUCGGCCGAGGAGGCACGAGAGGCCUUGGAGAAACUCCAAACAAAGAGCCAACGCUUGGAACUGGAGGCCACCUUUCAAGCUCGACGAAUGACCCAUGAAGAAGAAGCUCUCAGAGGUAUGGAGCACGUCCUGGAAGAAGUGAAUCAGGAACUUGGUCACCUUCGCAGCGAGCAGCGCGUGCAUCUUGAGAUGAGCCAGAUCCGCGCUUCUCCCCGUGCAUCACCGACCUUCCAGGAAGAGCCUCUCACGUUCCAGACGGCGAGAGCACGCUUCGAAGCCCCAUCGGCCGAAAGGUCAGAGCAGCGUUUGCAGAAAUUUCCAGAUGAGCUCAAAAGUCCCACCAGCGAAGGAAAGGCCUUGGAGGACCGUGACCAGAAGGUGAGCACAGCUGCUUUUGAAGCCAAGACGAUGAAGCUUGAAGCUUCUGUCGCCCGAUUGAGGGACAGUCUGGAAAGUGCAACUGCCGCACAGAGAGAGGAGCAAGAGAAGGUCUCCCACCAAGAGCUUGCAACGCGGCACUUCGAAACUGCCCUUCAACGACAAAUUCAAAGGAGCGAGGAGCUGUGUCUGGAAAAUGCGAACUUGCGUGCCGAGACCCAAGAGCUUGAAAUGAGAUGUCGAGGACACGAUGAAAAGUCGGCGCAAACGUUGCAUGGUGCGCUGAGCAUUGAAAAGCAGCUCCUUGCUGUGCGUGCCAAGCACGGACACCUGCAGGACGCAUAUCAAGAGCAGCGCAGCUUGAGAGCAAGGGAAGCAGAAGAAGGGCAGCGACGGCGUCACGUGAGCGAAAGUGUCGUCGAUGCGCUGAAGGAGGAACUAUUUCAACUGCGAGAAGAGGCUGCUGCUGAACGAGCUGUCCGGGAAGAAGCUGACCACAUUCAAGAAGAGGUGGAGGAAAAGCUCAAGCGAUUGCACUCUGAAGAGCUCCAAGGCUUCCACUCUGAGCAGAAGGCUUUGCGUGCUGCCUUGCAGUUGCAACGCCGGAACUCCACUCAAGCAUUGGAAGCACAACGCUGGGCACUGCGCCGGGAGAAGCAGCUUCGCAAGCAGCGCUAUGCGCUGCUCUCCGCCGCGUCCGAGGAGAUGCGAGGGCAACUCAUGCGCCUCAAGGCGGCCACCGAGGAAGCUGCUGAGGCUGAUGUCGCGGUGGAGGAUCAAGACGACUUGGUUGCCGAAGAGCUUGAGCGGGUGAAGCUGGAUCAGCAGGCACUCUCAGAGUCAAGAGCUUUGGAGAACAAGACACUCACAGAGCUGGAAGAAGUGCGACAGCAACUCAAGGACGAGCGGCGGACACCCACUCCGAAUGCUGAACGGAUCACAGAGCUAGUGGAGGUUGAGCAGAAAUUGAACGAUGAGAUGGAACAGAUCGAGGCAGCAGUUGCAGAGCACAAGAGGAAGUACCAGGAAGACCACAAGAAGUUGGAAGAGGCUCACGCGGAGGAGCGGGCCUCUCGGGAACGAGCUGAGCAAUACCAUCAGCAAGUGGCGGCCGAGACCCAACUCUUGGCCGUGGAUUUGUUGAAACUCCAGGGCGCCUUUGAAGCGGAUGGCGAGAGUGAGUCCAACUUCUCACAAAGUUCCAAGAUGAAAGAAGGCCGUGCACUGGUUGAAGCAUCCAGCGAGGAGGAGGGAGAGGAGGAGGCAGAGGAGGAAACCUUCGAUUCUUGGGAGGCACAUUAA